UUAUUUUUCUAUUUCUAGAUAAACAAGACAAUAUAUUGAUAGUAACAGUGAACGGAUUGUUGGAACGCUACGUAAGAAGGACUGGUUCAUAUUUUGACUAUCCGAUAUUCAAAUAUGUAGACGGAGAAAUGAUCAUCGUCACUUGCGAAGCUAAACGACCGUAUUCAAGUAUUCCAUUACAGUUUUAUUUUGACAGAGAACAAGUAACUUUGUACAAUAGAAUCAAAGUUAAGAAAAUUGAUGACAAAAUAGUUGCUACUAUAAAUUCGUCUGCUGUUUUCCUGAACAAUAAAACUCUUUCAUGUGGAUUUAAUAGUAGAAGAGAGAAGGAAGAAUAUGCCAGAAUGACAUUCAAGUCUGAUGUUGCAGUCCCAGUUGGUACGGUACGUGUGUUUGGUCUGGCCAGACCAAAUAUUCUGUACCAGUACCACAGCGGUGACGUUUGGACCACCGUCUACCAAUACUCGGUAAACGAAACUAUAAGCUUGGGGUGUGUUCUGAAUAUCCUGCCCUCUGGAAACUAUAAAUUUAAAUGGAAUUUUAAUGGAGUAGAGUCAUCUAAAAAUGAUUAUAGACAAUCGAACAUGAUGAAAUAUGCAGUUGAGAAUUUUACAAAAACUUUAACUGAAAACGAUGAUAAAAAAAAUAUCAAAUGCAUUGCUUAUGAAUACUACUAUAACAACAAAAUAUUGUAUGUUGCUGAAGUACAAUUACAACUGAAAGAGAUAUCAAACUCGGAGAACUUUGAGGAUCAAAUUAAUCCACAUACGACCAUCCCAUUUAUACUCCUUUACGUAGUAGUCUGCGUGGCUGUCGUUGCUUUCUUAAUAUGCAUCCUUAUUUUCUGGUACAAAAGGUUCAAAACGGCGAAACUACUUAACAACCGUUACAACAACAUUUCAAAUCAAAACGAAAGUCCGAUACCACCUUUUCCGGCGCAGUGGGAUGAAAACAAUCAGUACGCGAAAACCGACGAAGGUGUUACACAAGAGAAUUACUCAUACGCAUAUAGUAACAAGAUACCCAAAUAUCCAAACCUAAGACAGAGUCAUCCUCCAUCAGAAAAUCACUAUACAGAAAUUGAUGAUAACUUCACAAUACCCAAUAAAUCAACGAGCAAUGAUGCCUACCAAGUAGUAAAUGUUAAUAAGAAUAGUACCCCGGCUACUAAAGAUACUAAACCUAAUGAAGACACAUAUGAUAAACUUAUACGUGAUGGUAAACCGAAGAAACGAAAUACUGGCAAACCUGAUAUUUAUGAAGCAGUAGAUGCAAAGCAUAAUAGACCUGAACAGCAAGAUUACAAGAAUGUUAAUGCUAUGGCAGAUAUAAAUGAUAGUGCCUACGCUUAUGCUUAUGAUACACGACCUGUUGCUGCUAAAUGGCAGGAUAAGGACAGAAGUGCUUUGGAUUAUGAUGUCCCAUAUGCUAUAAGCGGAGUCAUUAGGGAAAACGACUGUUAUGUAGGCCUAGACACACUUGAAAAAAAUUGAUUUAUAUAUACAGUGAAACCUUGUUAAGUGAGACAUCAAGGGGUCUUUAAAUUCGUAUCACUUAUAGAGGUAUUCCACUAACCCAGUGUCUCAGAUAACCAGGUAUAAAUAAAUAUUUGUCUCAUUUACAGAGGGUUCCAUUAAUAGAGGUGAAAAUACAGGUUAUUUCAGAUAAAGAGGGGUGAUUCUUAAAUAAGACUAUGUGUUAUGUGCACAUUGUAAUUGAAUAAGAAUAAGUAAAUCAACAAACAAAACAAUUUAUCUCAGUUACUGAGGUUUAUGUAUUUAAUAUUCACUUGCUGCCUCAGUUAUAGAGAUAACUAUGAUGAUAAAUCGAAAGAACGAAUCCCAGAUAAAGAGGAUUGUGUUUCCCACUAAUAGAGGUAAUUCAGUGCCAAUGUGUUGGGACCUCAGUAUGAGUUCUAGUUGUGGAGGUUUCUCACUUAUCCAGGUCCCACUUAACCAAGUUUCACGUAUUUACUUUUAUUUCUAUAUGCUUUAAAUUAAGAUAUUUUAGAGAAUAUGUUCUUAGUAACUAUAGACAGAAAGUGUCUUCUACUGAAGUAUUACUACCUAUACCAGGGAUGGCGAACGUUUACAUAUUGUCGUGCCAACUACUUUGAAGAAAUGUGUAUUGAGGUCUGCCAUCAAAUAAUUUUUACUUUUUAUCAAUCAGUAGCAACAAAGUCUACAGUUAGUCUGAUUGUAAGCAGUCAUCACAUCGUUAGAUAUCUACGAUACUAGAUAGCAAUGCUAGAUACAAAUGAAUUGGUUUAUAGCCAUAGUUUUAUGUUUAGUGGUCACUGUCGUGCCCAAAAUAUUGUGUGCCGUGCCAUCAGUGGCACACGUGCCAAUGGUUUGCCAUCCCUAACCUAUACGAACGUUUUCCUCAUCGAAGUUAUCUGCAUGCGGUUUUAAAACCAGUGAAUUCAUUGAAUCAUAAUUAUAUUACUGACAUUUUAAACGCUACUGUAAUUAUAAUUAUAAAAUUAAUUUCUGCCACGAUUUGACUUAAAGUUGACAUUUUUUUUUAUAUAUAAAAUAAUGUUGCACCUUCUACCUAGAAUUUAGCUACUAUUCUUUAGCAAAUCCGGCGAACUCCGUUUCGCCACCAAUGAUUUUCCCUAUGUUCCUGCUUUUUUUCCUGAAUUUUCUUUGCUAUAACCCUCACGGAGCCUGAGACGUUUCCAACGACUGUAAAACCGUGGAAAUCGGUUCGUGCGUUCUGGAGUUAUAGCGUCAGGGAGGAAAACUCGACUUAUUUUUAUAUUAUAGAUUUCUGCCACGACUUAAACUAAAGCUGAGAAUUUCUUUUUUCUUUAAGUAUAAUGUAGAAUAAUGUUCACCUAGAAUUUUAUUGGAAUUGUAAUAACAAUGAAUAUAUUUAUCUUAAAAUAUAAUGUAAUGUCUGUAAAAGGUAGCUAAGUCUUAAGCACUUUAUUAAUUCUGUGACCAUCAUCUGUACACUUAGUUGCAAUAAACGCUUUGACUUUGACUUUUAAA